GUGUGGUUGUGCGAAGUGAAUGACGUCUCUGAAUUUGCGGGCCGCCGACGCAGGGCUGGGUUUCCAUUUUCAUAGCGAGUUUCGGGGGGGAUCGUCAACAUGGAGCCGGAGAUGGAGGACAAAACGGUGGAACUGAUGUGCUCUGUGCCUCGCUCUCUCUGGCUGGGCUGCUCCUCGGUGGCUGAGAGUUUGUGUGCACUCAGGUGCCUGCAGAGCAUCCCCUCCACCCGGGCUCACAACCAGAAUACAUCAGGGAUGGAGUCACAGAACCUCGUGGAUGACCUGUCGCCAAAGAAGAAUACAGUUCUCAAGCUUAGUAAUGGUCCUGUCGUGGGCUCUCGCAAGCGUCCAUCAGAAGGCAACUACGAGAAGGAGAAGGAACACUGCAUUGCUCUGUUUGACCAGUGGUCAGAGGCUGACCAGGUGGAGUUUGUUGAGCGCUUGAUUUCCCGUAUGUGCCACUACCAGCACGGCCACAUCAACUCCUACCUCAAACCCAUGCUGCAGAGGGAUUUCAUCACUGCAUUGCCAGCUCAAGGCUUGGAUCACAUAGCAGAGAACAUCCUGUCUUUCCUGGAUGCACGUUCGUUGUGCUCGGCAGAGCUGGUGUGUAAAGAGUGGCAGAGGGUCAUCUCCGAGGGUAUGCUGUGGAAGAAGCUCAUUGAACGCAUGGUCCGAACUGACCCACUGUGGAAAGGCCUGUCUGAAAGACACCAGUGGGAGAAAUAUCUGUUCAAGAACCGCACAUCAGAAGUCCCACCCAACUCCUACUAUCACUCCCUUUAUCCUAAGAUUAUCCAAGACAUAGAGACUAUUGAAGCUAAUUGGCGAUGUGGCAGACACAAUUUGCAAAGGAUUCAGUGUCGCUCAGAAAACAGUAAAGGGGUUUACUGUCUCCAGUAUGACGAUGACAAGAUCAUCAGUGGCCUUAGGGACAACUCUAUCAAAAUCUGGGAUAAGCAGACGCUGGAAUGUCUGAAGAUACUGACUGGUCAUACAGGCUCAGUAUUAUGUCUCCAGUAUGAUGAGAGGGUCAUUGUCACCGGGUCGUCUGACUCAACUGUCAGGGUGUGGGAGGUGACGACGGGUGAGGUACUUAACACACUGAUCCACCACAAUGAGGCAGUUCUUCACCUGCGUUUCGCAAAUGGUCUGAUGGUCACUUGCUCCAAGGACCGUUCUAUUGCAGUCUGGGACAUGGCCUCGCCCACUGACAUAAGCCUACGUCGUGUCCUUGUGGGACACCGGGCUGCUGUCAAUGUGGUUGACUUUGAUGACAAAUACAUUGUGUCUGCCUCAGGGGACCGCACUAUCAAGGUAUGGAGCACCAGCACCUGCGAGUUUGUGCGCACUCUAAAUGGUCACAAGCGGGGAAUUGCCUGCCUACAGUACAGAGAUCGGCUCGUAGUCAGCGGCUCGUCCGACAACACAAUCCGGUUAUGGGACAUAGAGUGUGGGGCGUGUUUGCGAGUGCUGGAAGGUCAUGAGGAGUUGGUGCGCUGCAUUCGCUUUGACAACAAGAGGAUUGUUAGCGGCGCCUACGAUGGCAAGAUAAAGGUUUGGGACCUGCAGGCAGCACUGGACCCACGCGCCCCUGCCAGCACAUUAUGUCUGCGCACUCUGGUGGAGCACUCUGGCCGCGUGUUCCGCCUUCAGUUUGAUGAGUUUCAGAUCAUCAGUAGUUCUCACGAUGACACCAUUCUGAUCUGGGACUUUCUGAACGUCUCACCCAAUGGCCAGUCAGAGGGACGAUCUCCUUCACGCACCUACACCUACAUUUCUAGAUAGCAGGUGGCGCCAUGCAACACACCACUUUUAGGAGGAGACCCAGGGCUGAUUGGCUGAUGGGGGCAUCUGUCGUGCAAAGGAGCCUAUGUUUUCUCCUUCCUCCUCGUCAUCUCUCUGUCCAUCUCCCACUCAGCCCCCGACACCUCCCUGCUUGUUCGGACAGACUUAAGCUUGUGCCCAUUGCCUGCCAGUACAGUGACAUACACACAGAUCAGCACUGAGGAUUCCCUACUACAGAUCCAGCGCAACUCUUCCCAAGAAGUUCAUCUUCUACUACUAAUUUAUGUUUUGUAAAGUACACUAAUGACAGUAUUAACGUAGACCUUAUAUAAACCACAAGCUCCCUUUUUAUCCCCUUGAUACAGACUUAAAGCAGCUUCUGCUCCUCAGUUUUUAACCCCAGCCAGAACAGGUUUCCACAGAUAUGAAGCCGCUUAUAGAUAUAUAUUUAUAUAUAUUACACACAUACACAUUGGCACAGUUGGACAGAGGAUGACUGGAGCUCUGAUGUGGGAGACAGAGACUCUUUACUCAGCUCUUGGAAAGAAGGGAAGGAUGGGAGAUGGAAGGAGUGAAUGAGGGAGAAAUGUGAUUGAGGGAGGGGGGACUUCCCUGCACUCUCUCACUCCUUGCUCCUCCUUGUCUCUUUUUUCAUCCCAUCCCCACAACCCCGGCUUCCUCCAUCAACCCCACCCUCCCCCCAGAGAUGCACACUCACUUGGAAUACGGGGGCGCACACACUCAAAAAGUGUGUGUUUGUGUAUGUGGACUUGUGAAACGGCAGAGCAGAAGCGUCAGACAUGCAUGUGAGGUUGCCUUGGAUACAGCAUCAUGGCACACCUCUUGCUUCUUUUUUUCUCUUUAACUCCUACUUUCUUACUGUUUUUUUUAUUACUGUUUUUUUUCUAAUUUUAUUUGAGUAUUUUGGUUCUUAGUACAAAAAUCAUACUACUAAGCGUAGUCCUUGCUCCUCCCCCCUUCUUUCUCUUUCUUACUGUCCUAUUCCUCAUUCUUUCUUCUUCAACCUGUGUUCAUCUGUCCCUUUUACUCCAUCUUUCUCUCCCAUCAUCUACAUGCUUGCUUUGGUUAUGAGAGAAGCUGGAAUUCAAGAGCUCAAAUUUAGCUGUAAACGGAGUUGUCUUGUCAAAUUGUGUUGUAUAUUAAAAAUGAUUUUUUAAAGAAGAAAAUGACCUUAUUGUGAAUAAAGUACUUGACAGUG